AUGGUAUCUUUCGACGUAGAAUCGCUGUUUACCAACGUUCCUAUCGACGCCGCUGUACAAGCCGCACUGCUGAAACUCGAGAACGACCCAAGCCUUGCAGACCGCACAACACUAACGCCUGCACAGAUCGCUGACCUUUUGAAAUUCGUAUUGAGAUCCACAUACUUCCUGUAUAACGGAUCGAUUUACGAGCAAAAAGACGGCGCCGCCAUGGGGAGUCGGGUUUCUGCUGUCAUUGCUAACCUCUACAUGGAGAGUUUCGAAGAACAGGCGAUAAUUACAUCAUCCUACGAGCCUAGGAUCUGGAAACACUACGUGGACGAUACCUUUACCAUCCUGGAUCGCGAAAACGUAGAUGACUUCUUACAGCAGUCUUCCAUCCGCUUCACCAUGGCGACAGAGAAAGACAACAAACUCGCCUUCCUAGACACCGCAGUUUUAAGAGAAUCUGACGGCCACCUCACCACCAGCGUAUACAGGAAGCCCACGCACACCGAACAAUACUUAGCGUAUGAUUCACACCACCCUCAAUCAGUAAAACGCGGUAUUGUUAAGUGCCUUUACGAGCGCGCCAAACGUCUCGUAACAAAACCCUCCGUCAUCUUCGAGGAGAAAAAACAUCUGUUAUCUGUUCUGGUUUCUAAUGGUUAUCCUUUUUCUUUCUUGCAGAAACUUAACAAGACCGGAAAACCAAAAAACAGUGCCGAAUCCGCCAACGAGUUCAAAGCUACUGCGGUUUUACCUUAUGUCAAAGGUCUGUCCGAGCAGGUUCGCCGUUGCCUUCAACAACAAGCCGUACGCGCUGUUUUCAAGUCAGAGACCACGCUAAGAUCUCAGUUAGUACGACCAAAGACGCUUUCGACCCGGCUAAACAAGAUGGCUUAG